CUGAGGAUUCUGGAACUGAAGAAUGUCCUGUGUGCUGUGUGACAAUCUUCCACCCACCUCAUCAAUUUUCUUCAGUUAAUCAGCACUGUCUGUCUCUUUCUUUAUCCUGUCAGUGCUAUUUUGAGAACACAUGCCAGGAAGUGUACAUUAAAAUUGUAAAACAAACAAACAAAAAUAAUAAAAAUUUUACCAAAUUGUUCAAAUUAUUUCUGCUGUAAAUCAGCCUGUGAAGUUGAAAUCACUGCCAUCAGCUCCUAAAAUAGAUAACCAACAAAACUAGUUUAUCUCUCAGCAUGGCACCCAAGAAGAAGGCACCCCGCCCCAAAAAGACAACCCCAGAGCCAGUACAGUUGGAGAGUGGGGUAGUGGUGCCUGAGACAUCAGUAAAAAAACUAGAAAUGCCUCUCAGCAUUGAGCAACUAAAUCGUCUCAAUGGAAUCCCCCUGCCACCAGUGAUCCGGCCUGGAGAGAGGGGGUUUGGCUUGGGUGGGGAAAUGACUCGUCCCCUGCAUGGAUCCGCUCUUCUUGAGGAGCUGAGUCGCAUGAGACAGGAGCGCUUCCUCACUGACCUGGAGCUGGCAUGCAAAACUAAGGCCUUUGAUGUCCACAAGCUAGUCAUGUCGUCUGUCAGCCAGUACUUGCGUGAAGUUCUAGCUAAGGAUCCAGGUCUCAAGCGCUUGGAGUUGCCAACCAUAUCACCCUUGGGUCUAGCCAAUGUAAUCACCUUUGCUUAUCUUGGCCGUGUGCAUAUGUCUCUCUACACUAUUGGCUGUACGGUAUCUGCCGCCUGUACCCUACAAAUCCCCCACCUUCUCCAGAUGUGCAUGGACUUCCUGAUGGUAGAGUUAAAUGUGCACACCUGGUACAUCUGGAACAUUGGGGCAGCUUAUGGUCUGGGCCCUGUGCGGGACUCUGCUCGCCGUUUUGUCCUGGAAAACUUUGCCCAGUUUGCGGAGACACCCCAGUUUUUCCAGCUCAACCUAGAACAGAUCACUGCUUUCCUGCAGGAUGACAGUCUGAUCCUGCCUUCAGAGGUCACCACCUUCCAGGUGGCCAUGAAGUGGCUGGACUUCGAUCCAAAGAGGCAGGUUCAUGCUUAUGACCUACUGUCUCAUGUACGAUUUGAGACUAUCCCCGCCAGCGAGCUGGUUCGGGAGAUUCAGCCUGUAGCUCGCAUGACGCAUGAUCCUCAGUGCCACCGUCUACUGGUGGAUGCCAUGAACUACCAUCUGCUGCCAUACCAACAGAACACUUUACAGUCCCAUCGCACAAAGGUCAGAGGUAGCCAGACUGUUCUGCUAACUAUUGGUGGACGCCCCUCCCUUACUGAGCGUGCCCUGAGUCGAGAAGUACUAUGGAGAGACCCUCGUGAUGGAGUUGCCACAUGGCGCCAUCUUUCCCAACUUCCUGCUAAGAGCUUUAACCAGUGUGUAGCCAUGAUGGAUGGUUUCUUGUAUGUAGCAGGUGGAGAAGACCAGAACGAUGCUAGAAAUCAGGCCAAACAUGCUGUCAGCACUCUCUGCAGAUAUGACCCUCGCUUUAACACAUGGCUGCAUCUGAGUAGCAUGCGCCAGCGCCGCACCCACUUUAGCCUUGUGGCUACAAAUGGCCGCCUUUAUGCAAUUGGUGGUCGUAACACCGACGGAUUGCUGGCCACUACUGAGAGCUACCUGCCUUCCACCAACAGCUGGCAGCUCCGCUCUCCCAUGGAUAUGCCACGCUGCUGUCAUGCCAGUGCUGUUCUACCUUCUGGAGACAUUCUAGCAAGUGGUGGUUAUGUCAACUGCGCCUACUCCCGCUCUGUGAUCUGCUACAAUGUGCAAAGUGACACCUGGAGUGAGCAGGCACAACUGGAAAUGCCACGUGGCUGGCACUGCUCCACCACACUUGGUGGUAAAGUUUAUGUGGUGGGUGGAAGCCGACUGGGCCCAAGUGGGGAGCGUGUAGAUGUGCUAAUCACAGAGGUGUUUUCACCUGAGAAUGGUCAGUGGAGCAGGGCUGCCUCCCUGCCCAUGGGAGUAAGCACGGCUGGUCUGGCACCGCUAGGUGACCUGCUAUAUCUUGUGGGUGGGUGGAAUGAAGCUGAGAAGCGCUACAAAGCGGCAGUACAGCGAUAUGACCCAGGUACCGACAGCUGGUCCGCUGGGGAGGAGCUACCUGAACCCACAGUGGGCGUAUCCUGCUGUGCUCUGGCAUUACCGCCACGCCACACUUCACGCAAACAUCGUAACACUCCCAACCAUGAAGAACAGGGUGGCAUGGCUGCAUGAGAGAGGGUGAAAUAAUGAGGCCAAGAUUAGUGGUGAGAAGGAAAGAGAAAUGGAAGAACAAAAAAAGGGGUAGACAGUUACUAGCCAGUGAGGAGUCAAUAAGUUAAGGAAAGAGAUAAUACGGUAGGACUCCUUUAUCACUAAGGCAGCAUUAUGUAUCAAGCUGUGAAUGUUUAGUCUCAUAUAGGGC